AUGGCUUCACCCACUCCGUCAGUAGAUUCCGUUUCUGGUGGAAAUCAACUGAAUUCACUUUUGUUAGAUAUUAUACAAAAUUCAUUGGGCUCUCCGAUUUCCGAUAAUAAUUCUCUUGGUUCUCACAUAUCCUCGGAGCAAGGAGAAUUUAGGUCUUUGAUACUGCCUUGUUUUCAUACAUUUUGCCAACCCUGUUUAGAAAAAAUUCAAGAUCACCCCGAUAAGAUAACUUGCGUCGUGUGUCACCAGGACACGGUACUCUCUCUCAACAAGGGCAUCGGAGGGCUUUUAACGGACUACACUGUGAAUUUUAUUGACGGUAAUCAAGUUCCAAGAUGUACGGGAUGUAAGAAUAAAAAGACUGACGCAGUAGCCCGUUGCUUUGAAUGUAACAAUUAUUUGUGCGAAAGUUGUGUUAUGGCACAUCAAUUUAUGCAUUGUUUCGAAGGUCAUAGAGUUAUGAAUCUGGACGCGAAAGAAGAUAAUUCUAAAAACGGAUUGAACGGAAUCAACGGUCUGAACGGGCUGCACGGCAUUAAUUCCGCAUUGCCGGCAGCUUUAAAUGGGCUACUGUUAGACAAACCUGGCUUUUGCUCAAGGCAUAAAAAUGAAGUACUUAAAUAUUUUUGCUGGACUUGUUUUUCGGCCAUAUGUCAGGAAUGCACUUUGCUCGACCACCCGACAGGAUUACACGAAACGGAAAGCUUGACCGAAGCGGUGCCUAAGUUAUUAGAAAUGGUCGGUCAAACCAUUCAAGAAGGUCGCGCCAAAGCCCAAGAUAUUCGUAACAUGGUCAAAACGUUGGAACAUAACACGGCGAAAAUUCAAGUUCAGUAUCAUAAAGCUCAGAAUGAAAUAAAUGACACGUUUCAAUUCUACAGAUCCAUGAUCGAGGAAAGAAAGCAAGAGUUGUUGAAAGAAUUGGAAAAUAUUUUUUCCUCGAAACAAGUCCAAAUGUCGGUAGUGGGUCAGAAAGCUCAAGAUGCCGUUGAAAGAAUUAAUCAAACAUGUGAUAUGGUAGAAAGAAUUGCCAAAGAAGCAACCGGAUCGGAAUUAUUACUGUUUAAAAAACUCCUUGAAACUAGACUGCAACCCUUGGUGAAUCUUAACAUGGAUUUAUCGAACGCUUCACCGUGUGAUUUAGAAUUUGUUUCCAAUUAUCAAGCGAUACAAGUCGGAGUUCGAAACACUUUCGGAUACGUUCGUUCGAAUUCCGAAGUGACUUCGGGUCCGAGCAAACAACCUCCGAUCGCGAGACCAACAAGCAAUGGAAUAAGCGGAAGUGGAUCGUUAAAUGGAGUCAACAACGGAUUAUCAGGAGGAAUGGGCGGCGUUCAAAUAAACAAUGUGUUAGAAAGACAGUACGCUAAUGGACUCGCGCCUCCCCCGAGCACAUCUCCGGGCCUUUUCGAAAACAACAUAUUAUCUAAGAGAUUUAGCAGCAUCAAUUCGCUAGGCCCUUUUACUCCCACGGUGGGAGAUUUGAAUCUUAACGGCGUGAAUCCGUACGAAAAGUGGAGCAACGGUUCAAACGGUGACAUUUUUCCAAACGGGGACACCUUUUCCGUAUCACCGGGUCAAGACGUUUUAGAUUUGACAUCAAAAUUAAUGUCCACGGCGAUAUUUCCUCCGAAAUCACAGAUCAAACGACACAAAAUGAUUUAUCACUGUAAGUUUGGCGAGUUUGGCGUGAUGGAAGGUCAGUUCACCGAGCCGAGUGGAGUCGCCGUCAAUGCUCAAAACGAUAUAAUUGUUGCCGAUACAAAUAAUCAUAGAAUUCAAAUAUUCGACAAAGAAGGUAGAUUUAAAUUUCAAUUCGGCGAGUGCGGAAAACGCGACGGACAGCUAUUGUAUCCCAAUCGCGUGGCCGUCGUUAGAACUUCGGGCGACAUAAUCGUCACCGAAAGGUCGCCCACUCAUCAAAUACAAAUAUACAAUCAGUACGGGCAAUUCGUUCGUAAAUUCGGAGCCAACAUACUUCAACAUCCGAGGGGGGUCACGGUGGACAACAAGGGGAGAAUCGUCGUGGUCGAGUGCAAAGUAAUGAGAGUUAUUAUAUUCGAUCAGUCGGGUAACGUUUUACAAAAAUUCGGUUGCUCGAAAUAUUUGGAAUUUCCCAACGGAGUCGUCGUGAACGACAAAAAAGAAAUAUUCAUAAGUGACAAUCGCGCGCACUGCGUCAAAGUCUUCAGCUACGAAGGGGUUUACCUGAGGCAAAUAGGUGGGGAAGGAGUGACGAAUUAUCCGAUCGGAGUGGGAAUCAACGCAGCCGGAGACAUACUCAUAGCAGACAAUCACAACAAUUUCAAUUUGACCAUAUUCACUCAGGAUGGUCAUUUGGUUUCCGCGCUGGAAUCAAAAGUCAAACACGCGCAAUGCUUCGACGUUGCUCUCAUGGACGACGGAUCCGUCGUUUUGGCGAGCAAAGAUUAUCGUCUAUACAUUUACAGAUAUCUUCAAGUUCCUCCGCUGGGUAUUUAA